GCCCAGGCCCGGGCCGGCAGAGAAGCCUGGCGGCAGACACUGCUCUGGGGGCGUCUGGGACAGAGGACGAUCGUGGGGUCUGACACGGGAAAGGUCUCCAGGAUCCGGCCUCGGCUCUGCUGUGCCCCCAUCCCCCGCAGCCCUGAGUGGGGCCCGUACAAGCCCGUAUGCUCUUUCCAGGCAUGGGGGAGGGCCGGGUGCCAUGAGGGUGGUGUGGGCGGUCACCCUCCUGUGGAUGCUACUGCUGGUGUGCAGGCUGGGGGCUGUCAGGACGGGGCCCCCAGAAGAGGCCACCUUCUACUAUGGAACCUUCCCUCCUGGCUUCUCCUGGGGUGUGGGCAGCUCGGCCUACCAGACGGAGGGUGCCUGGGACCUGGAUGGGAAAGGGCCGAGCAUCUGGGACGCCUUCACACACGGCAGGAAGGGCCGGGUGCUGGGCGACGACACGGCCGACGUGGCCUGCGACAGCUACUACAAGGUCCAGGAGGACUUGGAGCUGCUGAGGGAGCUUCGGGUCAGCCACUAUGGCUUUUCCCUGUCCUGGCCCCGGCUGCUGCCCACGGGCAUCCGAGCCGAGCAGGUGAACCAGAAGGGGGUGCAGUUCUACAGCGAGGUCCUGGACGCCCUUGUCAAGAGCAACAUCACCCCCAUCGUCACCCUGCACCACUGGGACCUGCCGCAGCUGCUGCAGGUGCGCUACGGCGGCUGGCAGAACGCGAGCAUGGUCACCUACUUCGACGACUACGCCAACCUGUGCUUCGAGGCCUUCGGGGACCGAGUGAAGCACUGGGUCACUUUCAGUGACCCUCGGGCGAUAGCAGAGAACGGCUACGAGACGGGCCGCCACGCACCGGGCCUGAAGCUCCGCGGCACCGGCCUGUACAAGGCGGCCCACCACAUCAUCAAGGCCCACGCCAAAGCCUGGCACUCUUACAACAGGAAGUGGCGUCACAAGCAGCAAGGUCUGGUGGGCAUUUCACUAAACUGCCACUGGGGGGAGCCUGUGGACACCAGCAACCCGAAGGACAUAGAGGCUGCCGAGCGGUACCUGCAGUUCUGCCUGGGCUGGUUCGCGGACCCCGUUUACACUGGUGACUACCCUCAAGUCAUGAAGGACAAUAUCGGAAGGAAGAGCGAGGAGCAAGGCCUGGAGGUGUCGCGCUUACCGGCCUUCUCGCUCCAGGAGAAGAGCCACGUCAAGGGCACGGCGGACUUCCUGGGAGUAGGUCACUUUACUACUCGGUACAUCACAGAGAGGAGCUACCCCGCCCGCCAGGGGCCCAGCUACCAGAACGACCGUGACUUACUAGAACUCAUUGACCCCAACUGGCCAGAUCUGGGGUCCAGCUGGCUGUACUCGGUGCCAUGGGGAUUUAGAAGGCUCCUCCACUUUGCUCAGACGCAAUAUGGCAACCCUCCCAUCUAUGUGACAGAAAACGGAGCAUCUCAAAAAUUCCACUGUACUCAGUUAUGUGAUGAGUGGAGAAUUCAGUACCUCAAAGGAUACAUAAAUGAAAUGCUAAAAGCUAUCAAAGACGGUGCUAAUAUAAAAGGGUAUACUUCCUGGUCUCUGCUGGACAAGUUUGAAUGGGAGAAAGGAUACUCAGAUAGAUAUGGAUUCUACUAUGUCGAAUUUAACGACAGAAACAAGCCUCGUUAUCCAAAGGCUUCGGCUGAGUAUUACAAGAAGAUUAUCGCCGCCAAUGGGUUUCCCAGUCCAAGAGAGGUGGAAGGUUGGCACCUCAAAGCCUUGGAAACUUGCUCUAUCAACAACCAGAUGCUUGCUGUAGAGCCUUUGCUGAGUCACAUGCAACUAGUGACGGAGGUCACGGUACCCACAGUCUGUGCCCUCGGCGUCCUCAUCGCCGCCGUCCUACUCGCGCUCCUCCUGCGGAGACAAGGCUGACAAGGAAUGGCCAGGUUCGCAGUGUCGGUUUUCAGAGAUUCUUCAGGAUCCUCCUCCUUUUUCUGCU